ACGAGCUCGAUGCCGGAGGCUUCAGGGUCGGAGGUGGCCGAAGAGCCGGAUUAUUCGAUUUUCGAGAAUAAGACCGGCUUGGCCGAAGACAUGAAGUUUCUGGCUAGUAUGCCGGAACUAUGCGACGUGACCUUCCUCGUCGGUAGCACCAAAGAGCCUAUAUGCGCUGUGAAGGCUGUUUUAGCGGCCAGAAGUAGAGUGUUUCAGAAGCUGUUUUACCAAGCACCAAGUCCGCAACGUAAAAAGGAACCGCCACCUCGAGAGAACAAGAUCCGGCUGUUUCUGAAGAGAAGCUCCGAACCGCUGUUGAACCUGCAAAACGCGACGCAACAGCGUUCGGGGUUCGCGCAGCAGUUGGCCCCCAUACAAGAGCCGAAUCAACAUCAUACCGUGACCAUCGAAGAAUUCGAGCCGGACGUGUUUCGUCAGCUGAUCGAGUACAUUCAUACUGGAUCCGUGACGUUGCAGCCUAGAACGUUAUUAGGACUAAUGAAUGCUGCGGAUUUUUACGGAUUGGAGCAACUCAGGAAAGCUUGCACUGGAUUCGUGCAAUGUUGUAUUACAGUGGACACCGUGUGUGCUUUAUUAGCGUCAGCUGAACGAUACAUUCAGUACAAAUGCACAAAAUCCUUGGUGCAGAAGGUGCUGGAGUUUGUCGACGAACAUGGCAACGAAGUGUUGAAUUUAGGAUCUUUCACCCUACUCCCUGAACAUGUAGUUCGUUUAAUCCUGGCAAGAGAAGAGUUACGAGCUGACGAAUUUACCAAAUUCCAAGCGGCCUUGAUGUGGAGCAAGAAAUACUGCGACGGUAAUCAGAAUCAAGAUCUGAAGAACGUGAUAGGGAAUUUUCUGGAGUACAUACAAUUCCAUAAAAUUCCUGCGAACGUGCUGAUGAGAGAAGUGAAUCCUCUGGGUCUGGUACCAUCUGAGACCAUAAUGACAGCGUUGGCCUAUCAGGCAGACCCAAACAGUGUCGACCCCGAAAAGCUCUCCCCCCCCAAAGUGAAGCACCAGGACCGUAGUUUGUCGGUGCAGUCCUCUUUGCAGGAUCUGCCUUACGGCAGCAACACGUCGCUGUGCUUGACCGCGUCCGACGAGGGGUCCGACGACAAGCAGCAUUCAGGUAGCAACUAACCUCCGGCCACGGCCGCACUGAUCGCGGCCGUAUCGGACGAGCCUCGACGCGAGGAAAUUCCUAUUAACGAUGCGGUCUCGCACCCGCUUGAAGGUAAAAACAGCAUAGCUGAGCAGGAAACGGGGGAGCAGCAGCAGCACCAGCAAUGGCAGCAGCCGAAGCAACAGGGCGAAGAG